CUAGAGGGCGCCCUUUCCACAUUAUCACAUGAUUUCUUUUCGGUGAUGCUGAGGUGAAGUAUGUUUCAGUAAAUUCCCCUUUUUUCCAAGUUUUAUCGGAAGCUCUGGCAAGUUUUGAAAUGUCCAUUAUUGCGGAGAGAAUGGAGAGCAACAGUCAAGGAGUCGUCACAGGAAAAGAAACCGAUUUACCGCCUCUCAACCUGUUUGAAAAAGAAGCGAACGAUGUGAGGAAUCAUCGCGUAAACUGGCAGUCUUACGUGCAGGGUCAGAUGAUUUCACAGGAUGACUUCACUUUCAUCCGUGACUAUGACAAUGCCAGCAGUGAGAGACGAGACCAGCUGAUUCAGAAUCUAGGACCUCAGUGCGCUAAAGUCUUCAUUCGUCUGAUGGGACGUAUUGCCAAGGAACAGACAGUGCGAUACAUCCUGACUAUGAUUGACAGUAUGCUCAAGGAGAAACCUGAGCGUGUGAGUGUGUUUGUUGAACAUGGCAAGAAGAGUAAGACUGCUCCAUGGACUCCAUUCCUGAACAUGCUGAACCGUGAAGAUUCAUUCACCACCAACCAGGCUUGCCGUAUCAUCACCAAGCUAGCUUGUUACAGCAAGGAUAAGAUGAACGCCAAUGAUCUCAAAUACUUCUUCAAUUGGAUCAAGCAGCAGUUGUCUGCAUCAUUCAAUGAGUAUGUGCAGACAGUAGCUGAGUGUUUGCAGCAGAUGCUCCGGCUGGACGUGUACCGAGUGGCAUUCAUGGAUAAUGAAGGCGUCAGCACUAUUUUAUCUGUGUUGGCUGGUAAGGUCAGUUUCCAGAUUCAGUAUCAGCUGGCCUUCUGUGUAUGGAUGUUGUCCUACCAUCCACAACUAUGCGCUCAACUCAACAAGUAUAGCAUCAUUCCAGUUCUUGCCGAUAUCCUGAGUGAAUCUGUCAAGGAGAAAGUCACCAGGAUUAUCUUGCUGGUCUUCAGGAAUAUGAUUGAGAAGCCAGAAGAGAAGGAAGUGGUUCAAGAGAACGCCCUGGCUAUGAUACAAUGCAAAGUCUUGAAGCAGUUGGAAGUACUACAAGGCCAAAAGAUUGAAGAUCCUGAUAUCACUGAGGAUGUGGAAUAUCUCAUGGAGAAACUACAGAAUAGUAUGGUGGAUCUCAGCUCUUUUGAUGAAUAUUCAUCAGAGGUCAAGUCAGGUCGACUGGAGUGGAGUCCUGUGCACCGGAGUGAGAAAUUCUGGCGGGAGAAUGCCAUGAGGCUGAAUGAGAAGAGUUAUGAAUUACUCAAGAUUUUGACGAGACUUCUAGAGACGUCCAAAGACCCUUUAGUUCUUUGUGUCAGUGCCCAUGAUAUUGGUGAAUAUGUCCGGCACUACCCAAGAGGCAAAAACAUCGUUGAGCAGCUGGGCUGUAAGCAUCUAGUCAUGCAGUAUAUGACUCAUGAAGAUCCCAAUGUACGCUACGAAGCAUUGCUGGCUGUACAGAAACUCAUGGUCCACAACUGGGAGUAUCUAGGGAGGCAAAUGAUGCAGGAUGCGUAACCAUGACAACAAAUGGUGCUCCAAAAAGACACAAUAAUAAAGUUUUGAAAAAGACUUCUUUAUGAGAAGUCAUCCAGAGAUACGUGCUACACACAUGACUUAUUGAAUUUUAACAACUUCUGAAAGGUUCUCUUGCUCUUCUAGAAUUUUUGGAUUUUUGUGGAUGUCUUCAUUUUUUUUAAUACGGAUUAUAAGUCAAAGGAGAAAAUCACUUGUUUGUUUUUAAUUGAUAUCUGUUCACAUGGAAUUUAUUGACUAUGUUGCUUUUGCCCUGUGUAUAUAUUUCACUGUGAAAUUUGGAAACGGCUUUUCGUUGCAUGUGUGUUAGUGUGCAAUUGUUUUACUCAAAGUGAACAUUCCUGAAUUCUUCAUCUUGAGAAUCCAUUCUGAACUUGUGUUGUGUCAACGCAGAUGGCAGCGUUGCCAUCUUGUUUUCUAUGCUGUUAUGAAUGAGGUCUGUCAAGCUGUUCAGUAUAUGUAUUUGUCUGGCUGCCAAGUUUCCAAGUGAUUGUGUUAUAUGGAUCAUUUGUAUUACAGCAGUCUUGGAGGUGCAUGCCUUUGUUCAACAGGGACAUGCAUAAGUAGACUUUGUUCAUUCAUUGUUAACUCUCCUUUUGUUUCAUCAGUCAGAGACACUCAAAAAUUCAAUCCGAGCCCUGUCAUGCCUUUUGCACAAGCUAGUCACCAACACUCCGAUCAUAUUUCAGAAGGCACCAUGACUAGUUAAAUUCCAUCAACAGACAAAA